UAUUUCUUUUCUCUUUUUUUUUUUUUUUUUUACCGUUUAUUAGUUUUUGGUUUGAAACGACAAACGAAAAAAGGUGAUUUUCUCGUUAUUUUGUUUUGUGGUUCAAACGAAAAAUGAAACCAUCAAAACGUGGUAGCAGCUUGAAGCAACUUGGUUGCUAUAGCAACGGACCAACACGGCUGGCUUGAUCUUUAGAAGUAGCUAACGCUAGCUAGCUAGGUUUACAAAGGACUAAAGAAAAGGCGUUUGAGUUGCAGAUGGAGACCUUGCAGAGUAGAGAUGGCAGAGGACUGUGGAACAACCCCAGAGCCACCCAGUACAGCAAGGAGACCCAGGAUCUGCUGAGAUUAAUGAUGCAGGAAUCAAAACUCACCAACCUCAAGAGAAAGCAGAUCAACGAAUGCCUCAAGAAUGGAGCUGCUUUACCACUGACCUCUGAGUCCACAUCAUCAGCUCCUGUCCUUCAGCCUGAAACCAGUAAAUCUGUCCAGAAACGUCUGCCAGGCAUUCCUCGGAGACGCAGCGCUGAAUCUUGUCGCUCUGGGAACAGCUACGUCAGAGAAAAGUUCCAUCCUGGUCCUAUAAGGGACUCAGAGAAAGAGAAGAGGAGGCUUCAAAAUAUAUUGGCAACGGGAAAAGAAGAGCCAACAGUUGCAGCUUUCCAAAAUGUUCGUGCAUGUCGGAACCUAGAAGCAGCAGAGCAGAAAGACGAGUAUCAGGAAGUUUUGGAUGAGAUAGAGGAGAGAAGACAGUUUCUGGCAGAUAUGACCUCUCUGGGUCUGGAGAAGCAGUACAUCAACAUCAUCACCACUGAGAUAUCCCAGAGGGUUCGACAACUGCAGGUGUUGGACAAGGCCCGCAGUCCCAACUAGCAUGGAAUGACAUCUGAGAGGAAAGGGGAGACUGCAGAACAGAUGACAGAAACAAUAGAUUUGAAAGAGACCAGAGGAGAGAAGACUCACUGCCACUGACAGA